AUGACUUCAGAUGGACAGCACCGGGAAGUUGAUGCGAUUGUCUGCGCUACUGGGUUCGACACGACGUGCACCCCCCGAUUCCCCAUCAAGGGACGAAAUGGACUUACUCUGGAAAAGCACUGGGAGAAGACCCCCGAGACCUACAUCUCGCUUGCAACCAAUGAAUUUCCCAAUUAUUUCAUCUCUCUUGGACCCAAUGCUGGUCUGGGUGAAGGAAAUUUGUUGCUGCUGAUCGAGAAGGGUAUUGAUUACAUGUCGGAAAGCAUUCGCAAGAUCCAACGCGAUAAUAUCCGCGCAAUGGCUGUGAAGAAGAGUGCCGUCAAGCAAUUCACUCAAUAUUGUGACCAGUACUUUGCAAAGACAGUGUUUGGUGCAAAGUGCCGCAGUUGGUACAAGGGCGGCACUGAGGAUGGUCGCAUUGUUGCCCUUUGGCCUGGAUCAUCAUUGCAUGCCAUGAAGGUAUUUGCAAACCCACGUUGGGAAGAUUUUGAGUAUGAAUAUGUCAAUGAUAACCCCACGAGCUGGUUUGGCGAUGGAUGGACUGAGAAGGAGAAGAACAACACGAUCGAUGUGGAUUAUUUGGAUGACGACCAGAUUGACUUCCCUCUCCCGCGCAAGUACGAAAAGCAUAGCCAGGAGUAG